GGAUUCCGCCCAAGCGGCCCGUUAUAUAACAACACGCAGGGACCCUAAAGAGAAAGACACGGUGAUUGUUGAUAUACACAAUGAUGCCACCGACCUUACRAUACAAUACCUCCGCCGUCAUGGAGUGAUGGUCGUGUUCCAAGGACCCGGUGCUGAUGCGACCUUCGCUGUCAAAGAGCAAUGGCUGAGAACAAUUGAAGGUGGAUGGGAUCUGGCCAUUGCUCGGGGACAACAAGGUCGCAUCAGACCCGAAGGAGCUAAUAUGAUAAGUUAUUUAGCUCCCAACCAUGCCCUGCGAGAUUGGAUAGUCGAGACGCUUAAAUCUGAAGAGGGUGCCUUUGUUGGUGGUAAGCCGUGUAAAAUCUUGUAUCGGCCAUGGGCUACCCCUGCUGAAUUGGCGAGAGGGAAAGAUGAUGCCACGGCCCAAAAAUUUUGGAUUAGGGUGCUUCGUAUCCCCUUUUUGGCCAUGCCGUUUUUGCAAGCUGCGGUAGAAAAGGAAUAUGGACCAGUGCUCAAGUCACAUCCCUCCGAAAAGAACAAAGCAAACCCUCGUCUUGUCAACCGAUGUUAUGAUCUGCAUCCCAGGGCUCGAACGAAGAUUGAAAAAUUUCUCAAAUUUCGAUCUUCCCAGGGGUGGCACAAGCUCGAAGUAGUCACCCAGGACACUCUGUGGUGUGUAGACUGUAGGUGGUUUGGUCACAAGGAAGGUGACAAUGUGUGCCCGAAAAAGAAACCGUCGGCCACAGGAGCAUCAACAAGUUAUGCGGAUGCGGUGGCCGGAACUGAACAUGGCCCGACUGGACCAACGACUAAGAACCCGGUCAAUCCACGGGUGAAUGCUGUUCCAGUCAAACCCGCGGGACCUGCAGCGCCGGGACCUCUUGGGAGCCCGGCCCCGCUUCCCGUGGGAGCACAGCCUUUACCAUCUCAGUCUCUGGGAGCCACUAGGAGUCUCACACCUGUUCCUGCACAACCCGCUGUGCCUGUGAAGACUCCUGCCGGAUCUGGGGUCCCCCUGGGACCUGCUACGCACCCUGCACAGCCCUCUGUGGCUGUGAAAACUGCAGUGGGAUCUGGGAACCCCCAGGGACCUUCAGCGCACCUGGACCCUGGCCAAGCCGACUCGGGAACAGGAUUACCUCAGGGGCUUGCUGUGAAUCUUGACGUUGAUCGAACUGGCUUAGGAACUGGAAUGGGCCAGGGACCUACUGUGCAGUCUCCUGCCCUUGGCCAUGAUGGUUCAGGAACCACGCUGCAGCAGCAGCAAUCGCCGCUGUCUCAGGGACCGCUUACACAGACUGAACAGCCCGAGAAAACAAAACAGCAGACCGAACGCACCGAACAGGUGGGACUCGUCACUCCGUUGCGAGCACGGUCUCCUCAUGAUGGAGACUGGGACCGCCUUUCUGAACAACUGCCCCACGACGGUACUGCGUCCCUUCCCCCUGUAGAAGGGAUCCACCCGACACUGGAUCACGCGAUGACGGACCUUAGGGUCGAGGCCCAACCACAAAAUGAUCAGACCGGAACGACGCAACUGGGGAAUGAACAGCAGCUUUCCAUGUCACAUGCUGGACCUGAGGAGCUUAUGCGUCAGCAAAGACAACAGUCUUUUAAAAAGAAGGGUGUCACUGGCGGGCCUAAAGCGGCGUCCCACCCUUAUGCAAGACCAAAGGAACACACUGGGGAGAAGACUGGGCUGCAGCAAAUUGUCACUGAAAGUUGGGCAGAUGCUGCCGACGCAGCUGACGAUGACACACGUGCCUACCAAAGACCCUUCGAACCUAUCCGUGUUGAGACCUUUCCGGCUAAUGUACUCGAAGCUAUGGCGGUCGGCCAGACCUGUGUUGUUGUCCCCUUUGUCUUCAUGGCACAAGAAGGCAUGCUCCAAGUGCUGGCUCAGAUUGAUGCGACCGGGAUUCUUCGCAUUCCUCACUUCCAGGUGUUUGAAGACCCCAAACCGCAAGUGGUGCUGCGAGAGGUCCGAAAAUGGCUACACCCAGCAUUCCGCGUACGAUGUUUUCCAGAGCUUGAAUGGGUCAGAUUGACUCCUACUAACGACCAARGCAGAACAGAUCUCAUGUUUUUCUCACUGAUUGAUGCAGUGGCAAGACCUGCUGUAGCUGCCCCUCCUUUGUCGAGCGUUAGGUGGCUCAGUUUGGCGUUGCUGCAGAACCCCGCUGGCCAAACGGUCACAGACACUAAAAUUACUGACUGUUGGACUGCGUCUUUGAUGCAUCAAGUGGAUGGCCAUCUCCCUUGGCACAAGAGCAUUUUCUCCCACAAUUUUUUGUCUCUGAAAUGUGCGGAGUGGGAAGAUGUCAUCGCCUAGAAUGAUGGACAGAUUGCGGUUAGUCACCUGGAAUAUCAGAGGACUGGGAUCAUGCAGAGUUGCUGCUAAAAGAUCCCUCAUUAAAACUCUGGCACGUAACAAAGGAAUCCAGAUCCU